CAGGUGUCUCACUCCGCCUCGCGCCGUCAGUGGGACAGAUCGUCUCCUCACGUCACGUCUCUCCGAGGAGGUAGAUCUCUCCUCCCCUCCUGAAGAAGGAAGGCUCGUAGUUAUCGCUGCUGCUGCUGCUGCUGCCGUCGUGAGAGACACGUUCCUCGCACACCCCGCCCGCAAUCACGCCCCUCUUCGUCUUCGCCCCGCUCCUACUUCCAAAUUUUUUUUUUUUCUUCGCUCAGAAGGGCGCGUCUCGGAUUGAAGACGGAGGUCGUGCGAGAAAGAGACGACUUUUGUCGUUGCCCAAAUUGAGAAACAUUAUCUACGACGACUUCGACGACUUCGAUUACCGAGAAUCGUCUCGCUCGUAGCGACGUCCUGCUGUCUUCAAGAACGUUUCAGAAAACACUCGAUCAAUUUUUUUGUUUUUUUUUUCUUCCAUUUUUGAUUAAAAAAACAAAACCAAAUUUAAUCGUCAAACGAUGUGUUUUUUCGGGGGGGCCAUUUUUGCUCCGCGGAUUUGAUUGAUACCCGAUGGAAGUGAACACAAGUUUUUUUGAAUUAAUUUUGAGUUCAUUUUUCUAAACUUUUUGUUUAUGUUUUAUUUUUUUUUUUAGUUCGAGUCUCAUGGUAUAAAUCAGAGUGUCAGAAAAAGAUAACCCAGAAUAUUUCCUAACAAACGACGAGGACUUAUUUGGAAAAAAAAAAACAAAAAAACCAGGGAAUGGACUAACGUCUACGCUGAUCUAGUCUGAAGAUCACCAGCCAGCUUUUCUCUCCCCCCCGCCGUUCCCCCUCUCCAACCCCAACUCCAACAUCACCACCGUCAUUACAUCAUCGACGCCAUUUUCAUCAUCCACACGAUGGAGGAGAAGACAAAACUCCUACUGAGGAACUGGUGAGGGACGAGGUGCCGGCAUUCCUAGGCUUGUGAUUGGCUGAGUGCCGGCUCAUUGCCACUUUGAGUGACGCGAGGAGGUAUUAUAAUCUUGUUUAUCAUCAUCCUAAUAUUGUUUUUGUUUGCUUUUCACUUGGUAUAAAGUCAAAAUGACCACAACUAGUUCCUGAACUGUGUCAAAGUGUAGUUAAGUCACCAUACAAUCCUGUUGAACUUUGUCACAGUGAAGACAAAGUCUUUGAAAAAGUUUGUCGCCCUUGUGGAUAAAGUUCCAAUGAUGUUCAAGAACACAAAGUUUUCUUGAACUCAGCUCAAGUAUAGGUCAAGUCUUUUGAAAAAAAGGUUGGCCAUCGAAUUAACGUUGCGAAUACAAUUAAAAGCUGACAUAACCGUCGUUUACACGCUAAUGAUUACUUUGUGAUAGUUCUUAAAGCUCUAGACAAAAAAAAAAAGAAAAAAUCAGCCAAUAUGACCGUUCAAGCCAACACUUUCUGGCUGCUGCUGACAGCAGCCCUCCUCAGGCUGAGCGCAGCCACUGAAUUGCAUAAUAGCCUCAUCAACUCCACCACCCUGGAGAUCAACGAGCCCAGAAGGGAAGACAAGGAACGCAAGAUCAAGCAUGCAAGGCCCAAAGACCCACUGGUGGUCCAGACCAAGAGCGGCCUGGUGAGGGGAUUCCGCGUGGACGCCCUGGACAAGAACGUGGACGUGUUUCUGGGCAUUCCCUUCGCCAAACCUCCCCUGGGAGACCUGCGCUACAAGAAGCCAGUGCCCAUCGACCCCUGGCACGGGAUCCUCAACGCCACGAAGCAACCCAACUCCUGCGUCCAACAGCCUUUCGAAUACUUCCCGGGGUUCAAGGGCGAGCAGAUGUGGAACCCAAACACGGACUUGUCGGAGGACUGCCUUUACUUGAACAUAUGGGCGCCGUCGCAUCUCAGAGAACCUGGGGCUGAGCCCCAGGAGAUCCUCGUGUGGAUAUACGGCGGAGGCUUCAUGGGCGGCACCAUAACCCUCGACAUCUAUGACGCCGACAUCAUGGCUGCAGCGAACAACUUCAUCGUGGCCUCGAUGCAGUAUCGAGUUGGGGCCUUCGGCUACCUGUACCUGGACAUCGAGGACGCUGCCGGCAACCAGGGCAUGUACGACCAGGCCCUGGCCAUGAAGUGGAUCAAGGACAAUGCUGAGUACUUCGGGGGUGACCCGAACCGCAUCACCCUCUUUGGGGAGUCUGCCGGCGGGAGUUCCAUCACGAUCCAUCUCCUGUCCCCCGUGUCGAAGCACCUCUUCGACAAAGCCAUAAUCCAGUCCGGGGUUGUGAACUCCCCUUGGUCUAUCAUGACUAGAGAGAAGGCCUACGACAUAGGUGUCAAGCUGGUGGAUGACGUCGGCUGCAACUCCACCAUGCUCGGCGAGCGCGUGGCUGAGGUCAUGGAGUGCAUGAGAAAAGUCGACGCGGCGACCAUCUCGGUCCAGCAGUGGAAUAGCUACUACGGGAUCCUCCAGUUUCCUUCUGCGCCCAUCGUGGACGGGGCCUUCCUCCCGGACGAGCCUCUGGAAAUGGUGAAGAGGGGGGAGUGCAAGAAGACGCAGCUUCUUCUUGGAUCCAAUAAGGAUGAAGGAACCUUCUGGAUUGUCUACGACUAUAUGAAACACUUCCAAAAGGAUGAAGCUAGCUAUCUGGAAAGAAAGGAGUUCCUGGAAAUCAUGAAUGACAUUUUCAAAGCUUUGACUCCUUUGGAAAGGGAAGCCAUCAUUUUCCAGUACACUGACUGGGAGCACAUCAACAAUGGCUUCCUCUACCAGAAAGCGGUCGGGGAAGUCGUUGGCGACUACUAUUUCGUGUGUCCUUCUAAUUUGUUCGCAAACCUCUAUGCUGCUCACUGCGACUCAGUCUACUAUUACUUCUUCACCCAUAGGACGUCCAACAAUCCUUGGGGGAAGUGGAUGGGGGUCCUACACGCUGACGAGAUCGACUACGUCUUUGGACAUCCUUUGAACAAGAGCGAAGGAUAUUCUGACUCAGAGGCCGAGUUAUCAAGAAGGAUCAUGGGCUACUACAAGAAGUUCGCUGCCACAGGGAAACCGGUGGACGACAAAGUGAACUGGCCGAAGUACACAGAGGGAGAGCCUCAGUACUUCGAGUGGAACGCUGCGAGGGAGAGCAUCGGGAAGGGCCCCAGGGCCAAUCCAUGCGCCUUCUGGAACGAGCUCAUGCCCCUCCUGGAGGAGAAAGGAGAGACCCCAAUAUGCGAGAGCGAGAUGCAGAAGGCUCUGAACGCCGGAGUUUCAUCGGAGCUCAAGUUGGCCCUCUGUUUGGGCAGCCUCGUCUUGGCGUGGCUCUUCUAGACACCUGACUGACUGCCCCCGGGUUAGCCAACUGUUGUGUAUAAUGGUUUCACCACGAUGCUUAUUUCUCGUUGAGUUCCGUGUAUAUUUUCGAGGGACAGUGAAAAUAAGAAAGUGGGACGCUUAGCAAAGGGGCUCUAAGGAGUCCUGGAUGACACAGACCGUGAAAUCUCGCGUAUCAGGAUGUGGCUAUGAAGUCGUUAUCGUUCGUGCGUGUUUGGGUAUUGUUGCUGAGUUGAUGAAUCCACUAAAUUGACCUGUUUUGGUUUUGACAGUAUGGUCGCUGAUGGAGACUGAAGGAAGCCAGAUGCACGAUGAAUUUUUUAAAUUUAAGUAUUAAUUUUCUUUUAAUUUGAAAGAUGUAAACAAAGGGUUUGUUUUUAACAUCAAAAUGCAACAAAAAAAAUAUUUUCAGUGUGCAUUGUCAUAAAUUUGCAAUGAAUGAAUUUGGCUAAGAUCAGAGCAGUGAUAUGAGGAAAUUCUAAUUCACAAUAUGAUAAUUAUUCUAAUUAAUCAUCUGCUAAAAGAUUUCACAAAAAGACGAAAAUAACUUUUGUUAAGCUAGAAAAAAACACAAACAUUCAUUCCACAUCAGAACACUCAUACGUGAGAACCAACACAAAAACCUGUGUUAUGAUGACGUCAAAGGGUGGCUUCAAUUUAUGCCCAGCGUGAGUUUCGAUUAUGGCUCAGCAAGGAAAAAAAACUCCUUUAACUUUUGUUCUUUUCGAAGCAAAGACCUGUGGACUUGGUUUCGUACGAUGCGCAGAAAAAUAUAGCCCUUUCUGUGAACUUCAUCUUUCAAAGAAAAUAUUCGAAAUACGUAAAAAAUAGACUAUCAUUUUCCACGGUUUCCGUCGACAGCAAGUUUCCCAAUAAUUAGGGGGAGCAGUAUCUUAACAUUUGGUUAUAUGAUUUUGUUGGAAACCUUUCGAGUAUGCAAUGAUUUCUCUCGUUAUUUCUCUAUAACGAAAAACUUUCAUUAACUCAUUUAAAUUUUUUUUUCAAAUGGUUGAGUUCACAGGUAAAUAAGAUUAUUGUUAUUAAACUUUUUUUUACAUUGAAUUUUUCGAAUUUUCAAGAAACUUCUGUGGACUGAAUGUGUAAAAUAUGUAGGCAGCGAUUUUUUGAACUAUAUUCUUUAGAAUGUGCUAAUUUAGAGCAAUCCUGAUUCGAGUCAGCUUUAAAGACUUUAUUUAUUUGUAGAUUAAAUAUGAUAAUAAUAAUAAUAAUAAUAAUAAUAAUAAUACUAAUAAUAAUGAUAAUAAUAAUAUUAACCUCCUGGAAAAGAAAACAAAAAUCCUUUUGAAAUGAAAACAUUGACAGUGAAUUUAGUUUUGGCUGAAAAUGUCUCCACCAAAUUAUUAGAGUGAUUGUGAAAUUGUAGUUUGGAAAUUACACCAGAUAAGAAAAAAAAAUAUCCAGAAUUCUACAGCAUAUUAUUAAUGAAAAUAAUUUUGGAAAAUCAGAGAAACAUGCAUGCAUUUAGAAACACAUCCAUAUUACGAGCUCUCAUACAUACAUACACACAAACACAACAUAUAUGUAUGUAUGUAUGUAUAUAUAUAUAUAUAUAUAUAUAUAUAUAUAUAUAUAUAUGUAUAUAUAUAUAUAUAUAUAUAUAUAUAUAUAUAUAUAUAUAUAUAUAUAUAUAUAUAUAAAUAUAUAUGACACACCCUUCCUUUCCUCGACAAUUUAAAAAUACUUUCAUUCCCAAUAAUAUCAGCUUAUCCAUUUCCUAGUUUUUAAUAAGCCCCGCGAAUGAAAUGUAAAUUAAUAUUCUAUUAGAAUUACACUAAUGCCAAGCAGAAAAACAAAAUUCCCUGACAUCACAUUAUAACGUUGAGUAGGGAAUUGGAUAAAUAAUGAAAAUAUAGAAUGAUAAGACGAAGAGUAAAAGCUAAUGCUAAAUUCCAAUAUCUAAUUAGAAAAUAUUUGCAAUAAAAUUUAUAUAUUAUUUCUGAUAUUUUUUCCAGUUCAAAUACAAAUAUAAAUGGUAAAUAAGCCUCCGCCAUACUUGGAUACUCUAAAUCGAUUUAUAGUCCAAGUUAGUUUUAUAAAAAAAAAAAAACAGACUUAAAGGUAUAAUGAGUUGAAUAUCAAGUUGAAUGAAACUAUGAAAGAUGUAUUAUUUGAGAAUCUUUAAGUUACGGUAAGAUAGAUCUGUUGAUUAGUCAACACGCCUCGAACUUAUUGCUGAAACACAUUUCAAACACAUUUCCUUGCAAACACAUUUCCUUGCAAACACAUUUCCUUGCAAACACAAAGGGUAAUGCGAUGUGGGAUCAAGAGUAUUGUCUUAGAUCAGUUGUAAAAUGUUAUUUAUCCCUUCAAGUAAGAAACACAGUUCAUGAAGCACGCGUCUAGAAUGUAUAUUAUUAUUAUUCUCUAAGAAAAAAAAAAACUACUUUAAGAUUGGCAAAAGCCAAAAGGAAAUGAGGAUGGCUUUUUGAACUGAUAUCAUCGCCAAGCAACAGUCUCUUUGCACAGCAGUUUCUGCAUGAAGAGUUGGUUAAGUUGAAUUGUUCUAGAGCAAAAUUAAUCUAUAGUGAUCUAUGAAUACCUUAGCUAAAUGACUAUGCUUAUCAUGGUCAUUCCUUUGGCAAAAUUCUUAGAAGUUUCUGGUGUCAUAUAACCACAAUUUAGUUAUAUGACACUCUGAAAUUUUGUAGAUAUUUCUUAUUGCAUGAGAAAGGUAUUAAAACAGGAGAGACUGCAAAAGAUGAGAUAUAUAAAUAAAACAAUGAAGGUAGGAGUACUGAAAACCGCAAAAAAGUAAUAUCAACUUACAGUGUUUGAAAUACUGAAAUCAUAUAGUCUUCAGUAUUUACGUCAUAUGAUAUUCUACCCAUGGAAAUACUCAUGAACAAUAUUCCUAAGGUUUCUACCUCUGAAAAUAUUCCCAAUAAAGAUAAGUGUUUAAGAUAUUUAAGUUAAUUCGCGUCUUGAAAUAGCGGAUAAUUCUGACAAUGAAGAAAUGAAAGUCUGGAAUAUUUAUUGGAAUUCUAUGGUUAAAUAUGCCGAGGAAUAAUCGUCAUUGGCUCACAAGCAUUGGAAAUAAUCAUAUAUCUGUAAAUAUUUAGAUAAUUCUGGUGCAGUAGUUAUUCAUUAGUUAGGAAUCAAAUUCACUGUCAAUUAUAUAUAUAUAUAUAUAUAUAUAUAUAUAUAUAUAUAUAUAUAUAUAUAUAUAUAUA